AUGGAAGAAACCGAAAUAGCUCACGCCGAGCCAGUGUCAACGCAACCGAUCAAUGGUGAAGAGGAAUAUAUUGCUGAACAGCCUUUCAGAGAGCACGAACCGCUGCUGGAUCUCGAGGGUCAAUAUGGGGGAAAGCAGGAACUUGCUCAUCGAGCGACUGAGCCGGCCGCCAGUAGGACGAAGACAUUCGUGUUCCUGGCAGCUUAUUUCCUGAUGAACUUGAGUCUUACCUUCUACAACAAAGCAGUCAUGGGUUCGUUCCCAUUCCCAUGGAUUCUGACAGCAGUACACACCGGGAGUGCUGCUCUUGGAAGUUCGGCCUUCUUGAUGUUCGGGCAUUUCCAGUUGACGCGACUGACACCCCGCGAGCACCUGGUACAUUUUAUGUUCUCGCUCCUAUUCACUUUGAACAUCGCAAUGUCGAAUCUGUCGCUAGCCAUGGUGUCGGUUCCUUUCCAUCAGAUCAUGCGGGCAACGUGUCCACUCUUUACGAUCCUAAUAUAUCGCCUCGUUUUCUCCAGGAGAUAUGCUAUGAUCACAUAUCUAUCCAUCGUUCCUGUAAUGCUGGGUGUCGGCCUAGCAACCUUCGGCGACUACUACUUCACCGCCCUGGGUUUCACUCUAACUCUUAUCGGUGUGGUCCUCGCUGCCAUAAAGACGGUCGUUACCAACCGUUUGAUGACAGGACGCCUGCGACUACCCGCACUGGAGCUGCUUCUCCGCAUGGGUCCCUUGGCUGCUGUGCAAUCUCUGCUCUACUCCGUACUCAUCGGCGAGUUCUCAGAGUUCCUCAGUUUCGUCAAUGCUGGGCAUUUGACAAUGGAGAGGGUUUUGACAGUCUCAGGUAACGGCCUACUCGCGUUCGGCCUCAACGUCGCGUCUUUCGAGACGAAUAAGCUUGCAGGCGCACUGACUUUGACUAUAUGCGCGAACUUGAAGCAAUGUCUAACUAUCGUAUUGGGAGCAUUUCUGUGGGACGUGCCUAUCAGCCCCAUGAAUGGAGCCGGCAUACUUCUGGCUUUGGCAGGCGGAGCGUGGUACAGUAGCAUAGAGCUUAGGACAAAGGCAAGAGCCAAUGGAUGA